AUGCCUUCACCCAGCUAUACAGAACGUCCACGUUCUUUCAUCAGUGGCCCAAAACUUAAAAACUACCAACAUGGGCUAGCCUUCGUGUUUGCCAUUGAUGAGAUUAACAAGGAUUCUAAGAUACUACCUAAUAUUACACUGCAAGCUGAGAUCUAUGACAACUAUUUUGAUGAAAUUAUAACCAGUAGAAGCACUCUGGAUCUACUCUUCACUCCACCCAGAAAAGUCUCCAAUUACAAUUAUGUGAAGGAAGAGAAGGUAUUGGCUGCCAUUGGUGGACUCACUUCCCAAAACUCCAUCCAGAUGUCCAACAUAUUAAAUAUCUUCAAGAUUCCACAGCUUCACUCCUUUCUGAAAAAUGUUCGCUUCAACAACAGUGCUGGGGAAGAAAUAUUUUUUUAUGGAAACGGGGAGCUGGCAGCUGGUUGUGAUAUCAUAAACUGGGUCACGUUUCCCAAUCAGUCCUUCCAGAGCAUCCGGGUUGGAUGGGUGGACCUCCAAGCUCCUGAAGGUGAAGAAUUCUCCAUUGACAAGGACCUCAUUGUGUGGAAGCAAAUGCAACACCAGACUCAGCCCCAUUCCACCUGCGUCGAGAGCUGCCAGCCUGGGUACAGCAAAACAGUUCGGGAGGGGGAACAGGUUUGCUGCUAUGAUUGUUCUCCGUGCCCUGGAAGGACGAUAUCAGUCCAGAAAGAUGCAGAUCACUGCAACAGCUGCCCAGAAGAUCAGUAUCCGAACAAGAGCCAAGAUCAAUGUGUCCCCAAAUCCAAGGCCUACCUAUCUUACAGAGAACCCGUGGGAAUGGUUUUGGUUUCCAAUGCUGUUUUCUUCUCUGUAAUCACUGGUGUGGUGAUGAGGAGCUUCAUUCAGAACCGCAAUACGCCCAUUGUCAGAGCCAAUAACUGGACCAUCACCUGUACUUUGCUCUCUUCCCUCCUGCUCUGUUUUCUGUGCUCCUUCUUCUUUAUUGGCCAGCCAGGAACAGUCACCUGCCUUCUCCGACAAACACUUUUUGGCAUCGUCUUCUCUGUUGCUGUGUCUUCUGUCUUGGCCAAAACCAUUACGGUGGUUCUGGCCUUCAUGGCCACCAAGCCAGGAAGCAGGAUGAGGAAAUGGCUUGGGAAGAAACUGGCAGUCUUCCUCAUCAUCCUCUGUUCACUUAUUCAAACUGGCAUCUGUACUGUGUGGUUGACAACCUCUCCACCCUUCCCAGAGUUUGACAUGCAUUCCCAGAGUCAUCAGAUUAUAAUACAGUGCAACGAAGGGUCUGUGAUCAUGUUCUAUCUUGUCCUGGGCUACAUGGGGGCUCUGGCCAUCAUCAGCUUCACUGUCGCUUUUCUCGCCAGAAAGUUGCCAGAUACUUUUAACGAGGCCAAGCUAAUCACCUUCAGCAUGUUGGUGUUCUGCAGUGUUUGGGUGUCCUUUGUCCCAACUUACCUGAGCACCAAAGGGAAAUACAUGGUGGCUGUGGAGGUCUUCUCCAUCUUGGCCUCAAGUGCUGGACUCUUGGGCUGUAUCUUCCUUCCUAAAUUCUACGUAAUUACAAUGAGACCCGAGCUGAACUCCCGAGAACAGUUCAUAGGGAAAAAGAACUAUCACACUUAA